AUGAAUGGACACAAGCCAGAAGCGCAGCAAAAUGAAAGCUUCUUUGCACAUCACAAAGGCGUGUAUUCCCCCCCUCUCUCUCUCUCUCUCUCUAUCUAUCUAUCUGUCUAUCUAUCUGUCUGUCUGUCUGUCGUGUUUUGUUAUAAUAUGGUCGGACCCCUUAACACUAUCUAUCUAUCUAUCUAUCUAUCUAUCUAUCUAUCUAUCUAUCUAUCUAUCUAUGUUCAUUAUCUAUCUAUCUAUCUAUCUAUCUAUCUAUCUAUCUAUCUAUCACAUUUUGUUCAUUAUCUAUCUAUCUAUCUAUCUAUCUAUCUAUCUAUCUAUCACAUUUUGUUCAUUAUCUAUCUAUCUAUCAAUCUAUGUUCAUUAUCUAUCUAUCUAUCUAUCACAUUUUGUUCAUUAUCUAUCUAUCUAUCUAUGAUCAUUAUCUAUCUAUCUAUCUAUCUAUCUAUCUAUCUAUGA